AUGUUGAAAGUAUUUGCUCCAGCGUUGCUGGCUACAUUAGUAGCCGGUCAUGGUCAUGUCACAAACAUUGUGAUCAACGGGGUCUCCUACGAGGGAUGGGACAUCGACUCAUUUCCCUACGAGACAGAUCCCCCUACCGUCGUGGCAUGGGGGACUCCAAACACAGCCAAUGGCUUCAUCACACCAGAUGACUAUGACACAUCGGAUAUCAUCUGUCAUCUGAACGCAACGAAUGCCAAGGGACAUGCUGUGGUGGCCGCAGGAGACAAGAUUAAUCUCCAGUGGACAGCUUGGCCUGAUACACACCAUGGCCCGGUGAUUGACUACCUCGCGAGCUGUGGUGACUCAUGCGAAACUGUGGACAAAACGACACUCAAAUUCUUCAAGAUCGAUGGCGUGGGUCUCGUGGAUGACACCGCUGUUCCCGGCACCUGGGGCGACGAUCAGUUGAUCGCCAACAACAACAGCUGGCUAGUCGAAAUUCCUCCCACGCUGGCUCCCGGAAACUACGUCCUGCGACACGAAAUUAUUGCCCUACACAGCGCCGGGACCGAGGAUGGCGCCCAGAACUAUCCCCAAUGCUUCAACCUGCAAGUCACUGGCUCGGGGUCAGACCAACCCUCGGGCGUACUUGGCACGGAGCUUUACAGUCCUACAGAUGCUGGUAUCAUUGUCAACAUCUAUACAUCGCUAUCAACUUAUGUUGUACCUGGACCCACAGCUUACAGCGGCGCUGUCUCUAUCACACAAGCCUCCUCAAGUAUCACUGCAUCUGGAACUCCAGUGACAGGAUCGGGCGGUGCUGCGACCACCAGUGCCGGUAGCAGCACCACAAGCAGCGCAGGAAAAACCUCUUCAACCACUACGGCUGUCGCAUCGACCCCCACGAGCGUAUCAACCACUCUGACAACAAAAGUCAGUACAAGCAGCACUCAAACUAUUACCAGCACGACAUCUACAACCUCCGCCGCCUCAGGUAGCGGUGGUUCAACCCAAUCUGUGUAUGGGCAGUGUGGAGGUACUGGCUGGUCCGGUGCCACUGCUUGUAACGCGGAGGCUACUUGCAGUUCGAUGAAUCCGUACUACUAUCAAUGUGUCCCAACAGCUGUUUAG